AUGGCGGCAGAACGCAGGCCGUCCUUUGGACAGUCUUUGAUAGCGGGAGGCGCAGCUGGCACGGCUGUCGACCUGCUCUUCUUCCCGAUCGACACCGUCAAAACCCGGCUGCAGUCGGCACAGGGAUUCGUCAAGGCGGGCGGAUUUGCAGGGAUAUACAAGGGCGUCGGGAGCGUCGUAGUAGGGAGUGCGCCGGGCGCUGCUGUCUUCUUCUCGACGUAUGACUUGAUGAAGAGGACAUUACCCAUGCAAGGCCAGCUUGCACCCUUAAACCACAUGAUAUCAGCAUCCGUGGGUGAGGUGGCGGCUUGUCUCAUCCGUGUUCCCACUGAGGUUAUCAAAACACGCGCGCAGACGUCGUCAUAUGGAUCAUCUGUGGCAUCCUCUUUGGCCGCUGCGAAGCUGGUCCUUAAAAUUGACGGUUUCAAGGGGUUCUAUCGCGGAUUCGGAAUAACUGUCAUGCGCGAGAUACCUUUCACGUCUCUUCAAUUCCCCUUAUACGAAUAUCUCAAAUAUCGACUCUCCCUCGCUCUUGAUUCUCGCUCGCUUCAUGCCGCAGAAGCAGCUGUAUGCGGGAGCAUAGCUGGCGGUGUCGCAGCAGCACUCACGACGCCCCUUGACGUCCUCAAAACUCGCGUCAUGCUUGACAUGAGGGAUCCUUCGUCUCGUUUUCCAUCCCUCUUCACCCGUGCACGAGAUAUAUAUGUCGGUGAAGGUGCUCGUGCGUUGUUUGCAGGUGUCGUGCCUCGAACACUCUGGAUAUCGGCUGGCGGUGCCGUUUUCCUUGGUGUUUACGAGUGGGUAAUAGGGACGUUAGUCGAUAACUGA